CAAUAUACAUACAAUAAAGGUUAUCACACUUCACCCUUUUGAAACAAAUCCUGAAAUAUGUAUGUUAAAUGAAAUAGUUUUCUACUAUUUGUUUGUAGAUAUGGCUGCUGCAAACUAUCAGCGAUCUGAAGAUCAGUUUCUCUGCUCCAUCUGUCUGGAUGUCUUCACUGAUCCUGUGACCAUACCAUGUGGACACAACUUCUGCAAAAACUGCAUCAAUCAACACUGGGAUACUAUGGACCAGUACCUGUGUCCAAUAUGUAAAAAGGUUUUCAACACAAGACCUGAGCUGCACGUCAACACGUUGUUCUCAGAGAUGGUCUCUGAGUUCAGACAGUCAGCUCAACAGAAAUCCAGCAGCAGCUCAGUGUCCAAACCAGGAGAAGUUUCCUGUGACAUCUGCACUGGAACCAAACUGAAGGCCCUGAAGUCCUGCCUGGUAUGUCUGACCUCCUACUGUGAGACUCACCUGGAGCCUCAUCAGACAGCUUCAGGACUGAAAAGACACCAGCUGAUCGACCCUGUGGAGAAUCUGGAGGACAGGAUAUGUACGAAGCACGAUAAACCUCUGGAGCUGUUCUGUAAGACCGACCAGACAUGUGUCUGCAUGCUCUGUCCUGUUUUAGACCACAAAACACAUGAAUUUAUUCCUCUUAGAGAAGAAUAUGAAAAAAAGAAGGUAGAGCUGGGAAAUACAGAAGCUGAAAUCCAGCAGAUGAUCCAGAAGAGACAACAGAAGAUUCAGGAGAUCAAAUACUCAGUCGAUCUCAGUGAGAAAGAUGCAGACAGAGAGAUCACAGAAGGUGUUCAGGUCUUCACAGCUCUGAAGGAGUCUGUUGAAAGAGGCCUGAACGAGCUCAUGGACACGAUCAAAGAGAAGCAGAAAUCAACAGAAAAACAAGCCCAAGUUUUCAUCAAUGAGCUGGAACAGGAAAUCUCUGAGCUGAAGAAGAGAAGCUCUGAGGUGGAGCAGCUCUCACGCUCUGAAGACCACCUCCAUCUUCUCCAGAGUGUCCAGUCCCUGAAAGCUGCUCCACCCACCAAGGACUGGACACAGGUCAGCAUCCAUCCACCAUCAUAUGAGGGGACUGUGGUGAGAGCUGUGUCUCAGCUGGAGGAGACACUCAGUCUAGAGAUGAAGAAGUUGUUUCAAUCUGAGCUGAAGAGGGUCCAGCAGUAUGCAGUGGAUGUGACUCUUGAUCCUGAUACAGCACAUUCUGAGCUCAUCCUGUCUGAUGAUGGAAAACAAGUGAAACAUGGUGACAUUAAGAAGAAUCUCCCAGACAAUCCAGAGAGAUUUUCUUAUUGUGUUAUGGUUUUAGCAAAGCAGAGUUUCUCUUCAGGCAGAUUUUACUUUGAGGUUGAAGUUAAAGGA